AUGAUGUCGCUCUCCCUCAGAAGCGUCGUGAUUCCGUUACUCGUUUUAGGACUGUUUCUGGAUCUGUGCGUAGAAACCGGAUUCUCCCAGUCAACGCCGGCGCGUGACGACCACGCGCAUCACCACGGAGGUGGGUGUAGUCAUUCGCAUGACCACGACCACGACCACGAUCACGGUAAUCAUCAUGUGAAGCCGGUGAAGAUGAAGUUGCCUGAGGAGCUUGCCGAGGAAGAGGAUAUGAGGCUGUGUGGGUUUGGGCCUUGUCUUCAUCAUGAUCACGAUCACGAUCACGAAUCCAGUUCUAGUCUCACCGGAUUUGCGUUGUGGCUCAAUGCAUUGGGAUGCUCUCUUUUGGUUAGCUUGGCCUCACUCAUCUGUUUGAUUUUGCUGCCAGUGAUGUUUGUUAAAGGGAAGCCAUCAAAAUGGUUUGUUGAUGCAUUGGCUCUGUUUGGGGCAGGAGCAAUGUUGGGGGAUGCUUUCCUUCACCAAUUGCCACAUGCUUUUGGUGGUGGUCACUCUCACUCUCCUGAUCACACUGAGAGCCAUGGACAUCAUGAUCAUGAACAUUCUCAUUCGGAGUUACCUUCGCACUCACAUUCUUUACAAGAUUUGUCUGUUGGAUUGUCUGUUCUCGCUGGGAUUGUGGUCUUCCUUCUCGUGGAGAAGUUGGUGCGGUAUGUCGAAGAAAACUCGUCUUGGGGACACCAUCACCACCACCAUGGAGGCAGCAAGAAACUGAAGGAUGAAGACGAUAAUAACAAUGUAGACCAACAGUGUUCCGCUGAUGCAGUUGUAAAUUCAUCAGAGAAGGUCUCUAACGGCUCUAAGGAUAAAUCUCUCCGUAAGAGAAAGACUUCUGGUGGUGACGCUGCUGAUAAAUCAGAUUCAGGAGCAGAAGCUACUUCCGACGGAAAACUGGACAAGCCUGAAGAGGUGGAGAAGAAUUCAAGCCUAGUCUUUGGUUACCUCAACUUGUUCUCCGAUGGUGUUCACAAUUUUACUGAUGGAAUGGCGUUAGGAAGUGCAUUUUUAAUCUACGGAUCAGUUGGUGGAUGGUCAAGAACCAUGUUCUUGCUCGCGCACGAGCUUCCCCAAGAGAUUGGUGAUUUUGGGAUUCUAGUGAGGUCAGGCUUCACUGUAACAAAAGCACUCUUCUUCAACUUCCUCUCUGCACUCGCUGCACUUGCAGGAACUGCAUUGGUUUUGGUUUGGGGAAAUGAACCGGGACAGUCCUCGUUGAUUGAGGGAUUCACAGCGGGAGGAUUCAUAUACAUAGCUGUUGCUGGUGUUCUUGCAGAGAUGAACAAUUCUGGAAAAACGACAGUUAAAAACAGUGUGUGCCAUUUGAUUUCUUUGAUUCUUGGCAUGAGUGUUGCUCUUGUUAUCUCUCUUAUAGAAUAA